AUGAAGGAUCUACUUCUUCUGUUUAUUGUCGGUGUUCUUGUGUUGGAGAAUGUUCUGGCUUCGGAUAUUGAGGUUACGGUAAUUCGGAUGGAUACGGAAGAUGAUUCGAAGACUGACGGACUUUUUGACUUGGAAACUUUUAAUGGUCUCAAGACGAUGAAAAACUCAAUAUCUAGGACCAAACUAAUCUCCUCUUCAUUGGAUGAUGAUUUGGAUGCAAAGGUGCACAACGCGCUCAAGAAGAUGCGUAAAGAAACCGAGAUCGUGUCGGAAGCUAAAAGAUGUUGCUGCUAUGAAUACAGUCUAGUCUACCUCCACCAUCUUCACGAUUUUCUGAGAGAUCCCACCGAAAGAGUUUUCGAAUACAAUUACUGGUACAAAAAACAGAGAAUGAAGCCCCUCACUCUCAGCUUUGAAUUUUCAGAAUGGUCCAAUGUCAUCGAUGUACGGGUAUCGCUAACUUGA